AUGUCGAACUCGAGGGACAUUCCGAGAAAGUCGUCCCAUCGCGGUCUCGGCGAUCUCGCAUCUUCCCUCGCGUCUUCCUUCAGAGCUUCUUCCCCUCUAGCGCAAGAGAUUGUGGCUCGCGAUUUGGCAGAAUGUUCCGAUGACGAUGAGAUAGACCACGAGGGCGCCUUUGACGAUGGCUUGGACUCGGGCUCAGAGGAGGCCGGACCGACGCUGUAUCGUCAGCCCCAAGGCAUCGCCGUGGGAUAUCGCCAGGCGACCUUGCUGCCAGAGCCGGCAGAGGUGCCUGUCGUCACCAGGGCCGAGAAGAAGCAGUCUCGUGAUGCAGAGCGCAGUCUGCUGAGGGAUAACCACAUCCUUCCCCCCAAGCACGCUCCCGAAAAGGAGCCGAGUCUGCCCACCCGACUGUACAAGAAGCUGUUUAGCACCAAGGUCCGUAAAUCGCUCGAGGACGAGGAGCAAGCCACGGAAACGUCGCCGCUACUGCGUCCUACAGGUCCUUCAGACGGCGGCGCUGCUAUUCAGGAGCACGAGCAUCUGAAUGAGACUUGGGAGGCCGCUGUGGCUUCGGGCAAGAUCCAGACGACAUGGCAGAGAGAGGCCCAAACGAUUGGCAAAUACUCGCGCUCGCUGGUCGUGACAUUUCUGCUACAAUACAGUGUCAGUAUUGCUAGUGUCUUUGCCGUUGGACACAUUGGCAAGAUUGAACUCGGGGCCAUUAGUUUGGCCACCAUGACGGCAAACAUCACUUGUUAUGCGCCUUUUCAAGGACUGGCAACUAGUUUGGACACAUUGUGCUCGCAGGCCUAUGGUUCUGGCCAUAAACACCUCGUUGGUCUGCAAGUACAACGCAUGACCUAUUUUCUUGCCUCGCUCCUGAUCCCAGUCGCGAUCUUGUGGGCGUUUGCCGGCGACAUUUUGGCGUAUCUCGUGCCCGAGCCAGAGUCUGCCAGACUUGCCGGUCUGUAUCUCAAGAUUGCCAUUGCAGGUGUCCCUGGUUUCAUAUGCACAGAAUCCGGUAAGCGCUUCGUGAAUGCGCAGGGCCUAUUCCAGUCGACUACCUAUGUGUUGCUCAUCGUGGCACCAAUUAAUAUCCUAAUCAACUGGUUAUUUGUGUGGCACUUUGGUUGGGGCUUUAUCGGCGCCCCGAUUGCCGUGGCCUUCUCACAAAAUUUGAUCCCGUUGCUCUUGUUCCUAUAUGUCGUCUUCAUUGAUGGAUCGCAAUGCUGGGGCGGAUUUAGCAAGAAAGCUCUCAUGAACUGGGGUCCCAUGAUUAAACUCGCAGUUCCUGGAAUGAUCAUGGUCGUGGCGGAAUGGCUCGCCUUCGAGGUGCUCACUCUUGCCAGCGGUCAGUUCGGCACCACCUACCUUGCCGCCCAGUCCGUCCUCGUGACGUUGUCAGCAACUACCUUCCAGCUUCCAUUUCCCAUUUCCAUCGCAGCCUCGACGCGUGUAGCCAAUCUAAUCGGUGCCAAGCUCGUUGGGGCCGCCAAGACAUCAGCUCAUGUUGCCGUCGUCGCCGCUGGUCUUGUCUCCAUCUUUAAUGUCACUAUCCUGAGCAGUCUGCGAUACGAGCUGCCGAAGCUCCUGACAAAGGAUGAAGAGGUCAUUGAGCUUGUAGCUCAGAUCAUGCCCCUCAUGGCUAUAAUGCAAAUCUUUGACGCCAUGGCGGCCAUGGCACAUGGUCUCCUGCGCGGCAUAGGCAAGCAGCACUUUGGCGGCUACGCCAAUUUGCUGUCGUACUAUGUCGUUGCGCUGCCCAUUUCAUUUGGCACCGCCUUUGCCCUUGACUGGAAGCUCGAGGGUCUUUGGUUCGGUGUCACCCUCGGCCUGGCUCUGGUCGCCGCCGUUGAGUACUGGUAUAUUUACACGAGUGACUGGGAACAGUCGGUACGUGAGGCCGAGCACCGGAAUGCCACUGGCUAG